UAAUAUCUUCAAUAUUGGUCAAUCCUUAUAAGAAACUAUCACUAUUUAAUUGACAUCAAAUUGAAUCUGUACUUCCCAGUGUGAUUUUUAAUUGAAAUUAUGCUCUGAAGAGUUUGUUAAUGAUAAUCAAAUUCUCGGCACUUCCUGAUUUUCUGAAAAUGGCAACAGAAUUUGAAUGGCCAUGGCAAUACAAUUUUCCACCUUUCUUUACGUUACAGCCAAAUAUGAGCACGCAGGCAAAGCAGAUUGAAGGCUGGACCAAUCUGGUGUUGUCAUACUGCAGGCACAGUAAACUCUACACUCUAGAUGUCAAUGAGGCACAUUCAAGUCAACUCUUCCACAACAAGUCUAUAGAGAGAAAACUAUCAAUAGAGGCAAUAUAUAUAAUAUUAGAAGAACUAAGGAAAAAAGGCAAUCUAGAAUGGUCUGAUAAGGGUAGAAAACAAUGUCUUGUUAUGUGGAGGACUCCUGAAGAGUGGGGAAAACUUAUUUAUCUAUGGGCAAGUAACAAUGGGAUGACUAACUCAGUGUGUACUUUAUAUGAAUUAUCAAAUGGAGACGACACAGUUAAAGAAGAAUUUCAUGGACUAGAAACUUGGCUCUUGAAAAGAGCGCUACAGACUUUAGUUUCACAGCGAAAAGCUGAACUGAUUUCAUUUGACGGAAAUGAUGGAGUGAAGUUUUUCUAAAGGAGGGAGAAUGCAUGCAUGAUGGAAGAGCAAUGUUCACCCCUUAUAUAGCACCAUGUGAAAUGUAGAACUUGGAGCACUUUCAUUCAAUAUGUCAAUAUUGUGAUAAAACAGUGAUUAUGAAAGCACAAGCCAUCGUGACUAGACAAUGUCCUCAUCAGUUUUCUUACUGAGAAGUUUAUUUUGUGAUACAUAAACAGUUCUGCAUAACUGUUAACACUUCUAUAGUCCUACAUAUCCAUAAUAUAAAAUGUUAUUGGAUAAGAAAUAUAUACGACAAAAAAAUACUGUACUCCCAGUAUUUUUCGUGUAUGGAUUUAGUUUUGUGCUUUUUCGCGAUUGUGGUAAAAUCA